CCACCAUCAGGGUCUCGAUUUCCCUUUUCCCCUUCUGUGGUGGCUUCGCCUAGUCGACAGGCAGCUGCUAGGCCGCUUGCUGCCGCUUUCGUAGCUGCUCAGGAAGCUGAAGAGCGCAUCCGCCUUGAAGCAGCAGUUGUGACCGUCGCCAAAAAGCAGUCUCCUGUCGAGCAGGCUGUUUCGCUUAUUGGCCCCGAUCAGUCCUCAUCUAUGCUGCAGCUCGUCAAUGCAUCUAAAGCACCUCGGCCCUUGGCACUUAGCCAAUUGCAUCAGCCGUCGACUCAAUCUCAGUCCUCUUCACACGCAGCAGCAUCCGCAUCUGCACUGCGUCGUUUGAUGCCUGCUCCAGCUGAGCGAAUAGCUUCCAGCAGCUGCCGACCUGCCAUUUCAGGUGACAACGUCUCUCUGAGUUCUUCCUUUAUGGCUGAGUGUGAACCUCCAUAUCCUGCCUCUCCUUUUCGCAUAAUUGAGCCUGGGCCUUCAUCUCUUAAUGUUCUUGCUUCCUCUGCUAUCACAACUGUUACGUCUACUGUAUCUCCCGCUACUGCCAUGGCGGUCACCGGAAAUGAUUCAGGUAUCCUUAGUCACAUCUACUCGAGUCCACUAAGGCCCGCUAUCUCACAGCUCGAGUCGGUGUGCAUAAUGGAUGAACUUCCCACUCCCCUGCCAGCUUACUUAGCUGACGCUCCUACGGCAUCUCCGGCCCCUAAGCCGCCAGGUGGUGGCCUUUAUCUGCCGAUGGAUGAAGAAGAAGAUGAAGAUGACGAGGACGAGGACGAGGACGAGAGCCAAGAUGAUAGUAAGCGUCGCAGGUUAUAUGCGCGUGGCAAACAGCAAGUCAACCAGAAUUACCACAUCAAGCAGCUACACCAUUCUCAUCAUAAUCAUCACCAUAAGACAGAGGAUAUAAAGCAACGGAAUCUCCAAAAACAUCCUGAUAAUUUGAAUGGUAUACAGCAUGAGCAGCCUCAAGCAUUUACUACUCCCCAGGUUGGUUAUUCUACCCUAAUUACUCGUUUUCAUCCAGUUUUGGUGUUUCCAUUUAUAUAG